UUCCUAAAAGCAGUUAUCACCAUACGUGGCUUGUUGGCCCUGGGGAAAUAAGAGCUAAACUCGUCUAAGAAUAAAUACUGAGCUUGGGCAAAAGCUGCAGCAAAGUUCACCUCUCCUCCUUUCCUUUUGUGAUGGACCGACAGCCAGAGAGGAUCUAUUUAAUCAGAUUAAGAGAGAAAGAAAGGCCACAAGAGAGAGCUGAGCCGACACAAAAUGUCACUUAAUGCUAUCUUGUUCCCACAUCUGUCACCUGAUGCUGGCCAAGCAAUAGCUCUCAUCUCCUGUGGAGCACCGACUCUUAAGCAGGAAAUGGAGGUGAAAGAAAUAAGUGCCUGAAGAUGUUACUAGAUUCAGCUUUAUGAAUGAAUGCAUGAGGCAACGUACCAGCAUGGAGAUGGAGGUGAAAUCAUGCUUUGAAGUAUUCUGCUCUGCACCAUGAGUUACUUCCUCUCCUACUGUAAAGGGCAUUGCAGUGCUGUGCUGUCUCAGUACCAAACUCUCCGAGCAGAAGGCUUGCUGUGUGAUAUUUUGUUGAAAGUAAAAGAGAGCGAGUUCCCCGCUCACAAGUCUUUGCUGGCCUGUUCCAGUGAUUACUUCAGGGCCAUGUUCAAGAGCUAUACUAAAGAAUCCAAGGAUGCCAUUGUUCACCUGCAAGUCAUCUCAGCUAUUGGUCUGCAACACGUUCUGGAUUUUAUUUAUACCUCCUGGUUGCCCUUGUCUUUUGACAGUUUGGAAGAUACCUUAGAAGCUGCCACUUACUUGCAAGUAACUGAGGCAAUUGGCUUAUGCAGCCAAUACCUGUCUAAUAAUCUUACUUUGGAGACCUGCUGUUUUUCUGCCAAUGUUGCUGCAAAAUUCUAUCUUCCAAAUGCUUUAUCAGCAACUGGAAAAUAUAUAAUUACUAAUCUCUGGAAACUGCUGGAUCUGGAUUUUUCUGGGCUGCUUGAGCUGAAUUUCCAAACUUUGAAAGCAAUAGUAGAAUCUCCUGAUGUCCCCAUGGUGAAAGAGCAUGACUUGUUAGAUCUAUUGCUGAAAUGGCUGAGGCAUGAUAAAAUGAAGUUAAUACACACUACUAGCCUGUUGGAACAUAUAAGAUAUGGUCUUAUUCCAGUGGAAGAUCUGAGAAAGGUCUACACACAGACAGAAAUACCACUGCCAGCACCCAUAAAAUGCUUAAUCAUAAAAGCGAUAAACUACCAUUCUCUUAUUUUUAGACAACCAAUCCUUCAGGAUAAGUACAGCACCUUGAGAAACCAGAAGACACGAAUUAUCAUCCUUGGGGGAAUGAUUGCACAUGAUGGACUUGUCAGUGAUGUGGUGGAAUUUGAUGUUUAUAAUCACAGAUGGCAAACUUUAACACAACUGCAGAACAGAGUACAAAAUCAUUGUGUAUGUACAAUUGGAAACUUUUUGUAUGUCUUAGGUGGAGAAAUAGAAGAUUUGCAAAGUGAUUCAAAAAGUCCCACUUUGACAGUUACAAACAAAGUCUACCGCUACGAUCCCAGGUUCAACAAGUGGAUUCAAACUGCAGAGAUGCUAGACAAGAGAUGCCAGUUUUCUUGUUGUAUCCUAGAAAAUAACAUCUUUGCAAUUGGUGGACAAGGUGAAAAUGGAUCAUUGCAUUCAUCAGUUGAAGUCUACAAUAUUAGCCAAGACAGAUGGGCAAAGGUUCAAAAUUUGCCAUGUAAAAUGCAUGGUCAUGCAGGGACGGUUUGCAAGAACGUCAUUUAUAUAUCUGGUGGCAAAUACAUGGGUCAAAGUAAUACAAGUAAAGAUAUGUAUUCAUUGAGUACUCUUGAAGGGCAAUGGAUAAAGCAAGCCCCAAUGAGUAUUGCUCGGUUUGGGCAUCAGAUGGCCACAAUCAGAGAGACUAUCUUUACCUUUUUAGGGCUUUAUGAACCAUUCUCUGAAAUUGAAAUGUAUGAUGCUGCCCAGAAUCAGUGGACACGUUUAAGGCCAUUAACCUAUGAUCGAUUUAGUUAUGGAUUGGCAGUAGUGGAGGAAACAGCUCUUCUCAUUGGGGGGAAGAAGUGGCAAGACUCUCAGGAGAUUCCAACUCAGGAUGUAGUAGGCUAUGAUAUAGACAAUGACUGCUGGGAAGAAAUCUGCAAAGCUUCCUUGCCUUGGUAUGGAUUGCAGUGUGCAGUACUACAGCUGUCUGAAUUAGUUGAAACUAAGGAUGUCCAACAACAAAACAACAAAACAUCUCGCUGAGCAGGAGCACCUCUACAAGGACAGUUCAGCAGACUUGUAAAACCUUCAGGAUUUCUAAAUAUUACAAAUGUAGCCCAGUAUGUAAUAUUGAAAACUAAUGUUGUAAGACUUCAAAUGGCAUGGAACUUUAUAUUGCAAAGUAUUCUCACAGAAAAUGCAGAAAAACAGUGCAAGUGUUGCCAGAGGGAAAAAAUAGACUAGCAUGCAUUUUCUUUGCACAGUUAUUGAACAAGAAUGACUUGCAUAAGCAACGUAAAAUGACUGUAUGAAGAAUAAUAUUUAUACAAGGUGCUGGUGAUCAUGACAUUUUAAAGAUUGCUUGAUGCAGCAACCUAACUGGGAGAAAAACAUCCCUGCUAAUUAACAUUUGUAUUCCAACAUAUAUUUUUUAAGUUAUUUAAGUGAUUAGGAGGACUGUGAAAGAUAGAGAAAAUGUUUGCCCACUAAGAGUAAGGACUCAAGUGAUUUCAACACAUAUCCAAACCUUAGUGGAUAUGUGGAAUUGUCUACAAGUCUGUGUCGAAUAAGGGCACUAGUUUUUGUUCGUGCUCUUGUUUGUUAUUGAUGUCCUCACAUAACAAAAUCUGACAGAUAGUGUUACAUUGGUAUACAGCCAGUUUUCCUAUAUGAAACUUGAUUGGUGGGAAUCAUCUCAAGGAAAUGCCCAUUUUUAAAAAUGCUGCUGAAACAGUAGAUUUGGGUUUUGUAUUUUGUUUUUUUUGUUUUUUUUAAAAAAACAGCUACAAAAACAAUCAGCAAACAGUAUUCAAAUGUUUAAAAAGGUAAAAGGUAGGUUUGCAGAACUCUUCACCUCCUGAAGCUGGCAUUUAUUUCAUUGGGUGAAUUUAGAUUGGUGAAAAUUCGUAACUGCAGCUGCACUUUAACAAUGAAGAAUUAUAGCAAAAGUGUGUGUGUUAAAGUAAGAAAAAGCAUUAUUAACAAGUAUAGGAAGUGUAAGGUUGAGAGGAACAUGUAACAGUAGGGGCUUAGAUUCAGCUAUUAAAAGAAGAAAAUAUUGUAUACCAUGCCCUGCUGGGUCAUGCUUGUUGGAAUUUAUUUCUUGAUGUUUAAUUUCUACAAAACAAUAGAGUGUAUUAAGUAAAGCCAUAUAUUGUAAGAUAUAUGCUUGUAUGAAUUGCAGUUUUGUAUCAAAAGGUAAGGAUAGUUUUGUCUUUUGAUGCCAUAGAUCGACAAUCUUACUACCAAAAAUACAAGUGAUCUUUUUCUGUAUUACUGCCCAAAUGGUUACAACAAGCGUUGUAAUUUUAAGCCCCAGUGAUGGACAGAUUUUUGCAGCUAAACCUUGAUUCCAUUGUGUGAAAUCUGCCUGUAUAUUAAUUUAUGAACAUUCAUCUCAACAUUCACUUCAUUUAUAGCAUGCCUUUUUUAGUUUGAAAGAUCGAGUAAAGAUGCUUAUUAGUUCUUUGAGUAUAGUGCUGUACAAAAGCUGCAGAAUGAACACAAUAGUGUUGUUUCAAGCUAGACAUAAGCUGAAUUUGCUCUUUGAAAGUUGUAAAUCUGUCUCCACCAAGAUAAUGGGAAGGCAGAAGAGCUGUUGCAUAGCAACAGGUUGCUGUCUUGUAAACGGCUCGACAAGCCAGUCUUGAGAACUUGCUGGCAUGAGCUUGCUAUGUACCAGCAUUGCACAGCCAGACGGGUGAAGGGAAUGUGCUCAUUCCAAAGCUGCUAGAUAUGCUUUAUUCCCAAGGCACUCACGCUCCUGCAGGUCUAAAGCCUCCUAGUCCACUUUAUUAUGUAUUCCUCUUCCUAAAUGAAAAAUGCUUCUGUGUAAGAGAAAGUAUUUAAUCCUCUGCAUAGAUCUGUUCUUAUCAUUCGGCGGGCAUGAUGUGGGAAGGAGGAUAGCUGACCUUUUCAGCAUAAGAAAAACCCUGGAUGAUAUGAAAAGAAACUCUGACUUUACUUUUUGUUGAUAAUUAUCUUUAUUUUAUUGUGGCUUUAUUUUAACUAUAACAUUAGCCUAUGGUGUGAGCUGUUCUGACGGUCCUGUAUGACAGUAUGGCAGGGUAUAAAUUCAACAAAUAAAAACAAGAAAAUAUCACCAUGUUGAGAUAUCAUAAUGGUGUCCAUUUUAGCCUCUCCAUAUGUUCUGGAAGUCUUGAUUAGCUACGCCUUGCCAUAAUAAUAAUAUAGUAAUAU